CAACAGCCUUUAUGCUUUGCUUGUUUAUUGCGCGACUCAACGAAUUAACCCAAACACAGAGUCAAUCAAACACCUCUUGUUUCCACCAAUGGCAUCAUAUGUCAGGUUCUGCAUCACAAUCUUUUUCUGCUUCUUCUUAUCUCUGUCUUCAAGCCAGAAAGUCACCUUGAGUCUCUACUACGAAGCUCUAUGCCCCUUCUGUGCAGAUUUCAUUGUUAACCACUUGCCUCAGAUCUUCCAAAACGGCUUAAUAUCAUCCAUUGAUCUCCACCUCGUUCCAUGGGGCAACACCCUUUUCAAACCAGAUGGCACCAUUCUCUGCCAGCACGGGGAAGCUGAGUGUGCGCUCAAUGCAAUUCAUGUCUGUGCAAUUGACGCAUACCCUGAUGUUAUGAAGCAUGUUGGAUACAUCUACUGUACGGAACGACUGGUCUUGGAAAACAAGCUCGAACAAUGGGCUGAUUGUUUCGAAUUGGUUGGUUUGAGCAGAGCAGCCCUUGAUUGCUACAUCAGUGGGUACGGACACCAGCUUGAACUGAAGUAUGCUGAAGAAACCUCGGAGCUUAAUCCACCACAUACAUUUGUGCCAUGGGUGGUUGUGAACAACCAACCACUUCAAGAGAACUACCAGAACUUUGUAAUGUAUGUAUGCAAUGCUUAUGGAAGCAACCAGUUGCCAGAAGCGUGCAGGAACCUCAACCAUUCGGUGGAGACACAAAGCACACUUAAUAGUUCAGUAGAGAAGCUAAGUUAUAGUCACCAAGUUUGCUAUGCCAGUCAAUAACAUUUUGAAUCCGAAAACCA